AUGACCCGACUCGCUUCCGCCCGUCCCUUCUCUUCGCCUCUCUCCGUACUUUGUGUUCCCUUUACCAUCUGCAGUUACCCGUGGGCAAGCAGCAGGCCAGCAUCAGCAGCAUCAAUCAAAACACUUUCACAGCUUAAGAUCCCGAAACCAGAACCCAGGAACCAGGAACCCAGGAAACGAAGCACAACCAGGCCAGACCAGACCAGACAAUUUGGGGUCCUUUUCGUCCCCGGCUCUGCCGCCUUUUUACUUCAAGCACCCUCCAGGAGCACAACAUCUUUCCCCCCGCGUAACAUGAGCCUGACAGUCUCCAAUCGAUUCGUCGGGCAUCAGAAUUCUCUCGGGGGAGGUGAUUUCCAUCCGUUUCCCUCGCCACAUCAUGGGUCUCUCAUGUAUAGCCCACAAUGGCCACCAACACGCCCGGCUGCCGUUCAGGCCCAGCCACAAGAACGAGAGCUGCCUGGAGUUGCUGCUUCUUUGAUACCAUCGCACAACAGCCACGGCGGCGGCAGUGGUAUUAGCAGUAGCAGCCGCCAAGGCACGGGACCUCCCCGCUUUGGUAAAGCACCGGAUGUCACUGGUGGUCCGGCCUCUGCGGCCAUCACGCGAGGAGGUGCAGCAAGCGCCGGCCCCGGCGGCGGCAACGGCAGCGGGAAUAUUCACAGCAGCCAAGGCGGUACCAACGACGGCACAUAUCCCGCACCAGCGGCUCAACAGCCGUCUGCUCCGGUUCCGCCUGCCGGGAUCAUCAACCCGUUCGACCUCUCUGCCGCCGAGCCCUCACAGCCGCGUCACGUUCUCGUUCGCGUAGACGGUGACACAGGGUUUUAUCUCGGCAACGCCGUGGGCCGUCCGGCGCCACAGGAGUUUUCUCUGCCGACGGAGGUGGACGGAUCGCGGUCCGUGGCCAACGGGGACCAGAUCCAGACCGGAUGGAGUAUCGACUACUACGGCCUCUCGGGCAGCCGCCACGAGUACGGUAACGGCAUUGGGUGGCGGUGUCAGGAAUCAGAGGCCGUGGCGGACGCGCAGGGGAACUUUGGGUGGCCGAGGAAGUACGUCUGUUCCAUGUGUUGUCUGCGAUGGAACGCCAUGCCUCUGCCCGCCAAGGUGAUUCGGGGCGAUGUCAGUCAAAAGGACCGGAUUGAACUAAGGAUAACGCGCAGCCAAAUCCGGCAGAUGCACGGAGGGAUCCCGGAUUCUCUCGGCCGGGAUGCUCAGAGUACCGGGGACCCCCAGUUACACUACUACCUCGAUCAUGAAGGACCUGGAAACGAGCCGUGCGUCCGGGGCCUUUGUCAAAAGUGCCGGCCGGUGUCUUUCUUGCCGGACUCGCAGCCGACGACCCACUGUUGUCCGCCCCCGGUGGCCGAGCCGGGCUACCUCAAGGAGAUUUAUCGGUGCAUCAUGGACAACUGCCCGUUCCUUACGGACACCCGGCGAGAGAUGAAGGCCCAUCUCCAUUCUCCAAGAAAGAACGGACACAAAUCCUACUUGACAUCCCUAGCAGCUCGCAUCGAGCACGGCCAACCCCUCAGCGCAAUCGACAAGGAAAUCGCCUCCCGCCUGAUGCUCAUGUUCAACGACCGCGACGCCCGUGGGCAGAAAUCCAUCUCUCAGCCCAUCAACACCGUCCUCGGGCCUGAGGACGUCAGCAGCCCGGCCAUCCUGCGCGAGCACACGCAGUGGAUGUCGUAUCUAGGCCUUCACACGCCCGAGCUGCACCGACGGGACUUCUGGGAUCCGCGGACAGGCGGGUGGUAUUACCGCGAGUACAACAUGGACGACGACUUUGAGGACGCGUGCGAGAAUGUGAGGAUUAUCUCGCAUGCUACGGGGAGGCCGGUGAAGCCGUCAGAUUUCCUAUGGCGUUGA